UGCUUGUGUUACCUUGUUUCCGUCCGCAUCCGGUUUCCUGACUCAAUGAAAAUACGGCAGCACUGAGACGAGAAAACCUUGUUUUUAAUCACUAGUUUGCCCACGAUGGCUGUGGCCAUGAGUUCGACGUGUCCAGGCCUGUACUGUGGCAGGAUGAUGGUGAACGGAUCAGUGGAGGGAGACUGUGGUGUCUGUCCUCGUGGAGAGCGGACCAACCUCCAGAAGGUGUGUGAGCGCUGCACCGAGUCCCCUGAGCUCUACGACUGGCUCUAUCUGGGCUUCAUGGCCAUGUUACCACUAGUGCUGCACUGGUUCUUCAUCGAGUGGUACUCUGGAAAGAAGAGUUCCAGUGCUCUGCUGCAGCACAUCACAGCCAUGCUGGAGUGCAGCGUGUCAGCCGUGGUCACCCUGCUGGUCACAGAGCCGGUGGGGAUGCUCAGUAUCCGUUCCUGUCGAGUCCAGAUGCUGUCCGACUGGUACACAAUGCUGUACAACCCCAGUCCAGACUACAUCAACACAUUACACUGCACCCAGGAGGCCGUCUAUCCACUCUACACCAUUGUGUUGAUCUACUAUGCAUUCUGCUUGGUGCUCAUGAUGCUGCUGCGCCCUCUGUUGGUGAAGAAGAUAGCAUGCGGCCUGGGCAAAUCUGACCGCUUCAAGAGCAUCUACGCUGCGCUGUACUUCUUCCCCAUCCUCACUGUGCUGCAGGCUGUGGGAGGAGGGCUGCUAUACUAUGCCUUUCCUUACAUCAUACUGGUCCUGUCUCUGGUCACACUGGCUGUUUACAUGUCUGCCUCUGAGAUACAGUCAUUUAAGAACCUGGUCGCUAAGAAGAAGCGUCUGGUCGUCCUGUUCAGCCACUGGCUGCUCCACGCGUACGGCAUCAUCUCUAUCUCCCGACUGGACAAGCUGGAGCAGGACCUGCCGCUGUUGGCCCUCGUGCCUGGGCCCGCCCUGUUCUACAUAGCGACAGCCAAGUUCACGGAGCCCAGCCGCAUCCUGUCAGAGGGCGGCAACGGACACUGAGCUCCUCCACUGACAAAUCCAACAUGUGGAACAUUCACUAAACAGCUACAAUCAGACCCGUCAGCUUCUUGCAGUAAACCAUCAGUAGACUGACCACACAGUGACAACAUCAUAGGGUGUUCUGCAUGGCUCGGCGUGUUAUUCCACUUUGGGAAGGAACUUCAUGAUCAAGAUCAACUGCAAAUGCUGUGCAAGUACAUUAACAGUUCAAGUCAGACAGUAAGUGAUAAAUACUAUUCCAUUCAUGGUUUGUAAACAGGACCGAUGGGUCAGUUUAGCAUACAGACCUUCCUGAGAGAGUAUGACGUCAUGGAAACUAGCUCUUCGCUCUUUGUUUGCACAGUCCAAGUUGAGAACUGCUCACAUAAUUGUUUCAAUAGUUCAUGUUAGUGUGGAUGCAGCUACUGUUUCCGUACAAUCUAAGGAGAUGAAGCUAGCCUUCGUUUUUUCAUUCAUUCUGCCACAGCCCAUAAAAAUAAUGCUAAAUGUCUUUAAACGAUCCCUUCAGUUUGACCAAGAGUUCAAAACCCACAGGAUUCAGUUUCCACUGACGCUAAACAGACCAGGCCUUCUGUCCACUUAAUGAUAAACAUGAGGUUGAAGCAGCUAACAAGAUGCUCUGUUUCUUGAUCUACAUCAGGAUAGCAGCUGGAAAUGACUUCAGCUGGAUGAUUUGUACAAAUCUUUACAUUUUAAAAGUUUCAUCGAAUUUCUUUUCUUUUUUUUAUUUUAAUACUCAGUGACAUGUUUGUAUUUUUCCUGUGUUGUACAAAGAGAUAAGAGGAGAGCCCGGAUAGGAAAUAAGACAUAACCUUUUUACGAUGCGGGCAGAAUAUCUUUUCAUCCAGAUGGUUAGAGGAGUUUUGCUGUAGUCGGUGGUACAGCUGUGGAUUUCUCUUUCCCACUAACACAUAUAAUAAUAUAUGAGUCACAAGUUGGGUUAUAGGUGAGAGGAAUCCUGCUGAGAGUUGAAGCUGCUGAUGUACUGUAUAUGUAUAUUGUUGUAAAUAAAUGUAUGUUUGUAAAUAGUAGUGUAUUUGGUAUCAGUAAAAUUUGCGACAUGCACUCAAGCUUAAAUUACAAAUGAAUGUUUCACUAUAUUUAAAGUUCAGUUUAACUCUUGGCUCGCGCUGUCAUUGAAUCUGCAGUGAACCUUGUCCGUGUGAGCUCAGACCUCACGCAUGUGAGUCACCUUAACAAGUCUCUUGGACAUAUACAGGAUGUGCUGUCCGAGUCGACACAGGGUCUCCUGAAUGCAGAGAUGUUGAUCACGUCUGCUCCAUCAGUCCGUGUUCCAGAGUUGAGGAGUUGCAGUCAGCUAAGUCAACCAGAGAACUCUUGAAACACUUUUUUUUUUUUUUGCUUUUGCUUGUAUAAAUCCAGUCUGUUUCGUGGGUUUUCGGCACUUUCUGUUAUGGAAUGUAUUUCAUGGUUUGUAGAGUAUUUCAUUUCUCAUGUGAAGCAUAUUGCAGGACAUGUAAUGCACUGUAAAUCAGUGAGAUGAUAUUUAUUCUGAACCUGCCUUCCUCCCAUUUACCCACAUCCCUCCUUCUCUUCCUUAUUUUCUUUGCCUCUCUUAUGAAUUCUUGAACUUUUGGAUCAAAAGGCAAUAUUUAAGAAAUAGUCUGACAGAAUGUGUUCGUGACUAUUUCUUGUUUUCGUUGUGACUGUGUUAUGAGUCUGUUCCAAAUAUAACUGCAAGAAAUAAAGAACCUUUUCUUGCCAUGUGA